AUUAUAUAUUAUUAUAAUUAAAACAUAUUUUUAGCAGCUGAAACCCAAGCCCGUCUGGGUAUUUAUACAGCAAGAUGUUUUGGAUGAGGAAUAGGCCAAGACAGUCACGUGGCUGGGGCCAACGUGAAACAAAAGAAUCCAUUUAUUAUCCAGGCAGGAAAUUUGUUCUUCUGGAUGCUGUAGCUGCAGACAUAAUGAUUUCAUUUCCUUUGGUUCGCCCAGAUUAAUGGCUUGCUCUCUUUUGUUUGCGUGCCUGUGUUAUUUCUGCAACGCGGUUCCCCCCAGCCUGUGCCUGCACGUGUGAGUGCUGUGCCCCCUAUCCUCUGUCUGUCUGGGGGUUUGCAGGGCUCCUUGGGGUGCAGGGUGUGGGACAGGAGCUCACUGGGGCUCCUGGUGCCAUGGGACCCAUCUGCGUGGUGAGCCCACAGCAGGUCUGCCUCGAGGGCUGAGCUGUUGGGUCGGAAAUGGUGGUUCUUCCCAACUGGUGGCAAAUGGAGAUUUCUGUAGGGAGUGCAGGUGGUGGGAAGAGCUUAUAUGGUCACCUUAUAGAGCGUGUCCUCUCCUUGACCCAUGUUUAUGGGUGUGCUCUUGGAAGCCUCCAGCUUGGCACACCCAAAGUAUCGGAAAGAGUUGCAUUUCCGCUCCUCAGGGGCCAGGAUGAGGUGUGGGGAUACAAUCGUGGUUCACUCUGGUGGGGAUCUGUGGAUCUGUGCCAUUGCUGGGUCCUAUUGAGCAUCUCCUGCCCGUGGGUCCCAGCAGGGAGCUGCUGGUGCUGCUGCAGGCUCCGUCAGAGCCACGGGCUGCUUUUUGACACGGACACUACAAGAUUAGCGGCAGCUUUAAUUGCUCCCUCUUGCUUUUUGAGUGUUUGCCUUUUGAAAGCAAUGUGACAGGCAAACAAUGCCUCCGCAUUGUUGCCGCUCGAGCAAUCUUUAUGGGGGUUUGGCACAGAGCUUUUCAUUUACUGUUGGAAGUGCAGUUGCAACGCUGCUCUGGAUUUAUCCAGGGUGACCCAGCGGGUUUUGCACACUAGUGUGCGUGGGGCUGGAGUUGGGUGUUUAGUUGGCAAAGACUCGGGACGCAUCCCACUGCCUUUGUGCCCAGCUCUUCCUUCAUCUUCCCUUUGGUGUUUGUGCUAUCUGCUGUAAAAAGGAGUGGAGAGAAGUAGUUCUGCCAUCCUAGAGGAGGUUUCCUCCACGGAUAGCCCUGAGGUUUCACAAGGCUGCCGUGGGCACACGUGGGCCUGGGCCUCUGCAGGGUUGCCCAGGUGACAGCAUCUAUGAGGAUGUGACAGCUCCAUCAUGCAGACGGUGAUGAACAGUAAUGAGACCCAGAGCACAAUGUGCACUUACAGUGAUUUAUUUCAGCAAGGAAACCACAAUCAGGGAGGAUGGGUCAGUGUCAUCAGCAGGAGAGGUGGUAUGGAGAUGAGCUUAUGGGCAAAUUUAUCAUCAGCUGACACUGCUUUAAAAAUGAGCAGAGGCAACAUUGCGUAGAACAGAGCCAUACCAUACCAGUCCCCUUGCCAGGAUCUGGUGGGAUUUCAGCCCAAGUGGUGGCAGUGUCCCCGUGAUGUGGGCAGGGGCUGCUUCCUUCUCCCCUCGCAUAGGGAAGCCCUGUGGAGACAGCACCUGCACCUUGCCUUGGGCUGACCCCACUGUAGCAUCCUCUCUGUGCCCUGCGGUUGGUGUGGGACAGGCUGCGGGGUCUCCAGGGGACACCAGUCUGGGAGAAUUUGGGUUUGGGUUUCCCUGCCCCUCUGGUGCUGACUUAGAAAGCUGUUUGUGGAAGCUCUGUUUUGCAGUCACACUGCUUCCUGCAGAAAUGUUUGGGCCGGGAGUGAUAGCCAUGCGGAGGGAAAGGGGAGUGUCCCAGCAAGGGAAAUGGUGGGGGGGGAAAAUACCCGUCCUCAGCCCGCUUUGGCCUGGCUCCCGGUGCGCAGAUGGCUCUCCUCCUGCCUGCUCUGCUCCAGCCUUUUCUCAGCAUGUGCUCGUGCAGGCGGCUGGGCCGGGGGCAGGAGUGUGCACAGCCGGCUGGGAGCCAAGUGCACCUCCUUCAGCCUCCUCCUCUUCCUCCUCAUCCUUCUCCUCGGCUCCUCAGGCCAGGAGCACAUGCAGCACAAUGCCUGGCACUGGCGGCAUUGCAUGAGCCUUGCUUUUGAAGUCUGUUUCCCUCCUCUUGGAAUAUAUGUGGGUUUGCUUGCAAUGUGCUGAUGGCUCAUUCAGGUUUUCUUUCCAUUUAUGUUGUGCGUCCCCCCGAGAUGAAUGCUCCCUCUGCCCCUGUGUUGCUCUUCCAGAGAAGUAGGUGAGUGCUGGCUGUGCCGCGUGUUGGUCAUGGAGCUGGCACUUUCCCAUAGCUUGCUAUCCUGCAAGCCCCCCUAACUGCAGAGGUGUUGGGUGAGCAUUUUGCCUUCCACUCAGGCCCUCUGCCCCUCCAAGAGCUGUUAAUGUCCCUCCCAGCCCCACAGCACAAGGCAGUGCAACACUGACAAUCAUCUGGAAAUGUUGGCUGAUGUGUUGGGUUAUUUACCCUGUAGAGCAGCUGUCACACACAUGUACCUAGAGGCUGCUCAGAGUGAUAGUAACGUGUUUGGGAAAGGAUGUGGGAUGGCGAUGGAAUGCAGGCGCUGUUUUGAGCAGAUCUGAAAGGUUUGGUGGGAGAAAAAAGGAAAAGCUGCAGAAAUGUAGCUUUUAAGUAGGUUCUCUGCCCACCCUGGGUUGUGGUGGGCAGGAGGAAGGAAAAGCAAAUACUUGGUGUAGGAUUUACCCCCUCUGCUGACCUCGGGCUGGUGUUAAUUCAGUGUUGCUGCCAAGAAAGCCGAGGUCCUGGCUGCAUCCUUGUUUUGGAGGAAUUGGGAUGGGCGAAGAGAGGUCGCUUGGUAGCCUGCAGUCAACGACCCAUACUUGUUUGCUGUUUGAGCAGCCCACCGUGUUUGUUGCUCCCUCGGAAUCCUUUGACUUUUUGAAAUAAGAUCCGGUAAAUAGGGGCAGAAUGGGUCUGGUAUAUUGGUUCAAUGAAGCUGAUCACAGCUGUGUCCCUGAGCUUGUGGCCAUUGGGACUGUCUUCAGAGGCGAGUGCUGUGGCAUCCUAGGAUGCUGUGCUGGGGGAAUCACCCUGCAAUCCCAUGAGUGUGGACAGCAUGUCCUUUUAAUUUGUGCUAACAUAUGUAAUGAUGGGUGCUGUUGAUGUCUGUGGCUGUUCUGUCUUUUCAGCUGUCUGGCUCUGUAUUUAUAGGAUACCACUUCCAAAGGAAUCCCAGUUGUUCAGGAGAAUGCAUCCACCAGACCCAUUAGGCUCCCUUGCUUCCCUCCGUGCUGCCUGGAGCUCCAAGUUUGUCGCUUUUGGGGAGCAGAAAAUACAGGCUUGUUGGGUCUGGGAUCAAAGUGCUGUGAUUGCUGUGUGAGGGUUCAGAAAGCACUCCAUCAAGGAGUGCAAGGAGAAGAUGGAGAGGCUGCAGGCUGUGUAUUCCAAGUGCCGCAUCCCCGGUGCACCGUGCUUUGCCUGCAGCUACCCACUGCCGUUAAUCAGAUUGCAGCAGCCCCUGUUGCUGAUUUAUCGUCUCAAACCAAUGAAAAGCAGCGGCUCGAUCACUACCCCCUGAGAGCUCUGCAAAGCCUUUGGGCAGAGCAAUCAGUGAGGUUGGUGUGGGAGAGCCCCGUGGCAAUUGACUCAUCCUUGCCUCCUGCAGGAUGCUGUGCUCCCACUUGGGCACGAGUGAUCUGGGUGCUGGGUACCCAUUGCUUUGGGGCUGUGCAUGCCCCAGCCAGCUGGUCUGCACCCAGGAACCCCAGUGGUGUGCAUGAAGCUGCUGCACCCAGCUCCUGGUGUGGCAAGGGGCUGGUGCCCUCUAGCUCUUGGCUGUGGGCUGUAUCCUCUUGAGAUGGUGCUCGUGUGCAUGGAGAAGGAGCUUGGGCUUAGCUCUGCCUUGGCACGGAGCCCUCCAGAGGCAGGGCCAUGCGUGCCCUGGAGCUGUGCUGGAAGCUGGCUUGUUUCUCAUGGGACAUCUGCUGCAACGCUCCCUCAGAGUUUCAACCUCCACCAUCUGUGUGCAGAAAAAUUCAUCCUGCAAGCCAGCCCUUCCAUGUCACUGAGCUGUAUCUUGCACUGGGGGGUGCUGCUUCUCCAGGGCGGUCUCAGCCUUUGGGAGCCCGUGCCCAUCCUGGGACAGCUGAGUUCCUCUUCCGUGCCUUCUGGAGAAGGAAACAAGCGGCUGCCAAGCUCGACAUAUGGUGAUUUUUGGGGCAGACUGGUAGAGUUCAGUGAUGCUUGUUGGCAGCUCAGCCUCGAGAAAGCAAAGAUGACAAUUUAAAUGCAUAGUGACAUUGUUCUGGAAGAUGUCUUCCUGAAAGAUAGCCUUGUCAUUUUACAGUGUUGAAUCGUUCCCCUGAUGCUAGUGGUGGAAAAGCUGAGCUCUUGGGAUGCCUGCAUCUAUCCUGGUGCCCAAGGUAUUCACCAAAGCGCUGUGUCAGCCUGUGGAGCCUUUUGGGUUGCAAAACGCAGCUGUGAUUACCUACAAAUACUUCCAUGAGGUCUUGUGGUGUGAGCUAUAUUCUGUUCAUCUGCAGCUUGGGUGUGCCUGUGGCUAUGUGGUACUGGAAACCUGCUUCAUCAUCGUGGGAACAUCUGAGCUGUGCAUGUCUGGAUCACACUGAGUUGCCUGUAACAUGCUGUUUGGAGGCCUCCCGUGGCCUCUGAUGUCUUGUGUGAGCUCAGUGGAUUAAAACUUGUUCCCAAAUUUCAUAAAAUAGGUUUAUAAUUUGGAAAACAAGGUAUUGAAAGCGCUAUCUUCUUUCUCUUAUCUUUGUUAUUUGAUUUGGUCCCCUUUGUCUUUUUUCACCGUGAUGUGUGCCUUUUUUUGUAAUUUUCUGCUGCUUCCUUCCCUCUCUCUUAUCUCUCCCUCUGCAGUUCUCUCCCUGAUUCUCUCUGUUCCUCACUCCCUCUCCCUCCCCUGUGCAAUCUAUUUGCAGGCAGGUUGUCUCUUUGAUUUACUGUAUCUCUCCUCGGUGGGAUUAUGAUGAAUGGUUUGUAUGGCUGUGGCUGAGCUGGCCUGGCACUGCAUGUUUGCACGGGGUCAAACACCUUUAGAGCAGGAAGAUCACGUGAAGGUACAUGGGGAACCUCGAUACUGCCAGCCCCACUGCUUCUGCCCCACCGAUCCUUGGGCAGAAGGGGGCAAUUGGGAUGGGUGAGUGGGUGGGUUGUGGAGUUCAAGGUCCAAUAUGAGCAACCCACCAGAUCCCAGCAAAGAGGGGCUCUUUCCUAUUCUCAUUGAGCUGCCAUGGGGCAAUUGUAACUUUAAAGAAGGCGAAGAAGAUCUUUUCUCAAGGGCAGCCUUGCUACUGAGUGGGAAAUGAUACUCAGAACGUUUGUAUUGACUUGUCACCAAGUCAGUGCCUGCUUGCAUUUGCAGCUGCUGGGAGAUGCAUGUUGGUAAAUGGGACUUCUUCCUGGUGGGGAGCCUUUACAUUGCCUCUUCAAUUCCUGGCUUUUCCAGUCUGUGUUAAGCACUGACAGAGGACUCUCCGUGUCCUGGUACUGUGAGUUGGCUGCGUGUGUGUGUACCCAUACAUUCCCAAAAAUGUAGACAGGUGGUUUUUUGGGGGCACUUCUAGUUGCAUCAAUCAGUGUAUUCCAGUGUGGCACAUCCUGAUACGGAUAGUGUUUGCUCCUUGUAAUUAGAGCACUUUAUGGGGAGGAGGGCUCGAUGCAGCCCAUCCCAAUGGGACACAGCACCCAUAUAUGUGUAAAACCACUUUCCAUCCCCAAGUGUUGCUUUUUGGCCACCGUAAGUCUACAGGUGGUGUCGGCACAGCAGAGGCUCUUCGUGUAGCUGCUGCUCUUGGAAAGGUUCAUCACAAAGCUCUGAGGUGUCGGUGUUCCCAUUCACAGCAAUGGGCAGGGAAGCAUCCUGCUGCCUUGUUUUUGUUGUUUAGUGCGUCCUCUGCGAUCUGAACUCGGUUUGUUAUUCUAGGGAUAAUCUUUCAUAAUGAAUCUGCGGGAGAUUGAUGGGGAUAGCUCGUUAUACACUUCCAGAGCAGUUUCGCUGUAAUUCUGUAGCAGCAAAAUGCACCAUUAAAGGCAGAGAGCCAUGGGAAUGAUGGGACAUAAUUAGUUGUUGCUGUAAUAUUUUGAUUGAAAGUGUAUAGAUACUGCAGGCGGCUCUUUCGGAAACUGGGGCUCUUAAGGAAUGUGAAGAGAAGCAGUGCUCCUCCAGUGGGAGAGGGCGAUCCUGCUCUUCUCCUACCUGCCUCUCUAGCACUGACAUAGAGACAGAAGAGUGCUGUGUUGAGAUCCAGACGUGUACAGAGCAGCUUGCACAUCUGGCUUACUCCUGCUUUGCUAUAGCUUGAUGGGAAGUGUGAGAUACAUGGCAAUUUCUUGCACCCUUGGAGCACUGUGGCCAGGAGCAGGGCUGCCAUGGGCAUGGGGAACAAUGUGAAAUGGCCUGGGCGAACUUCUGGUGUAGGUUUGAGCUUCAGGUCUCUGUGUGUGGGGGACAGAGGGAACUGAAUUAUAGCAACUCCUAUGGCACUUGUAGGACUCCUUUCCCGCUGACAUUAAGAAGCUUAAUCUGAGCCGUGAGCAGAUCAGGACUGGCAGUAGCAGCCAUGCUGUGGCCACAGGAAGGCAGAGCUGUGGCAUUGUCUCCAUCAGCAUUAGUUGGUGCCGGUCUUUGCAGUGAAGCUUCUAGAUUUAUUUUCCUGUUGCUUACUUUUGUAGUGCCACCAGCUUGGGACGGACCAUCCCCAGUGCUAGCCUUAGGCUGAUUGUGCUGAUGCUCUCAGAGGAAAGGGUGCAGAGAGAAAGCUGCUACCUGCUCUGGGAGCAGGACUGCAUCCCCGAGCACCCUGAGACUUGCUGCAGGAAGAGGCAGCCCCCAAGCACCGCCACGCUCCACAGCCUACCUGUUCUCACCCCACAUUUCUUAUUUCCCCCAUUGUUUGAGUGAUGCUCCUCUGAGCCCACUGUGGAUGCCACCUUGGUCCCUGCCCGCUGGGGACACGCUGGUACCACUGCAGAUGGACCCGCUCCGCUCCGCGAGGAUGUUCCUGCAUGCUAAUGGCUGGCAUCUUUACUUGUUACGAGUGUAAUUGUGAGUAGAUGUUUGUUUUUGUAUUGAUAAUUAGGGACUGAAACAGAUGGCGGAGGCUUAGUUUAAAGUAAUGUGUCCAUUAAAGAAAAUCUACUGUAUACAGCGCAAGAUUCUUCACUCGGAGAGAGCUCUGCUUUCCACAGCAAAGCUCAGCUUCUCCCUUAACGAGGGCUUUGGCCAGACUUGAAAGAUCAUGUCCCUGCCCACGGACACCUCUCCAAGCCCUGGUGUUUAGCUUCCUCCCAGGGCACUGCUCGAGACCGGGCAGCCCUGGAGCAUCCCAUGUGUGUGGGGAGCAGCUCCCUCCUUGGGGAGCAGGCAGUGUUCCAGUGGGCUUAGUGCAUCAGAUGGGCUGCUGCAGCUGAAUGGGGCUACUUCUGCUCUGGCUGGCUCUGAUUGAGAUGGAGGGGCACCAGCUGGACCCAGAGGUGCCUCCAGCCUCAGCCACGUGGUGGUUGUGUGGUGAGCCUUGGGGUUUUGGUGAGGCCAAGCUUUCCCUGAGCCUCAGUGAACGGUUUGGGGUUGUUCUCAUCCUUCCUUCUCCUUGCCCCAGAGAAUGGCGUUGUAGAGAACCAUAGUGGGAAGAUGUGCUAUCUGGAAACAUGCCUAGAUCACUAAGAAAAGACAGGCAAGAGCUUUUUGGUAGGGAGGCAGCUUUUUUUGAUGCUGACAGGAUGCAUCUCUCCUUGGUGUAUGUAUUUCUUUCAAGUCUCCUGCCUCAGGAGCUGCUGUGUGCCACGUCGUGCUGUUCCUUCCAGCUUUCUUCCCAAAAUUCAGAGCCUGUUCGGGGGUUGCAGUGGGAGGAACUGACAGAAGGGCUGGCUUUUUGGGCAGGGACCCUCAUGAAGCAAGCAUCCUCUGUGUUUGAAGGGCUGUAGCAACGACUAAUGAGUGCUUAACGACAUGCACGGCCAUAUUUACAGCAGGGGGAGAAAUAAUAUUUGCAUGGUGUGUGGUGGGGACACAAGUGUGUGCAAGUUGCUGGACAGGAAGAUGGGAUAAGCUGUGACUGAGAUGUAGUGUUUGUACCAGCUCAAAGCUAGGGGAUGUGCUUGCUGUGGUGCUGGGCUGCAGAGUGAAGGAUGGGGCCAAUUCUGGGCACGUUUCCUUCCCAGCUUUGCUUUAGACUCAGGAGUUGAGCAAAUUAAUCUGCAUGUCUGCUUGCUGAAAACAAAUAAAUAAAACCUGGAGGAUUUUUCCCAUCUGUUUCUAUAUGUUGUUGCUCUCCCUGUUAUUGUUGUUACUCUUUUUUUUUUUUUUUUUCUUCCUUGUACAAGAGCAAGAAAAAAAGCAGGGAAAUACCAGCUGUAAUACUGUAGUACAGCUUUUCAAUAUCUCCCACCAAACCCAACACUGAAAGCCUCCCAGCACAGGAUCACCACUCCAGCAGCUUUGCUGUCAUUCCUAUGGCUGAAAUCAUCCUGCCAAAUCACAGCUGCCAAGCUCCCCAUGGAACCCACUUCAGUGUGGGUUCGUGUAGGUGGUGAUGCCACAAAGCACAGUGUCCUCCUUCGUGUUCUUCCUCUUGUGUUUCCCCAGAAACCCUGAUGGACACACGGACGGCGACGGCCGAGCUGGGCUGGACUGCCAACCCUCCGUCAGGGUGGGAAGAAGUGAGUGGCUACGACGAAAACCUGAACACCAUCCGUACGUACCAGGUGUGCAACGUCUUCGAGCCAAACCAGAACAACUGGCUCCUCACCACCUUCAUCAACCGGCGUGGAGCCCAUCGCAUCUACACCGAGAUGCGCUUCACUGUGCGGGACUGCAGCAGCCUCCCCAACGUUCCUGGCUCCUGCAAGGAGACCUUCAAUCUCUAUUACUACGAGACAGACUCUGUCAUUGCCACCAAGAAGUCGGCCUUCUGGACGGAGGCACCCUACCUCAAAGUGGACACCAUUGCUGCUGACGAGAGCUUUUCCCAGGUGGACUUUGGUGGCAGGUUGAUGAAGGUGAACACAGAAGUGAGAAGUUUUGGGCCCCUGACCCGCAAUGGCUUUUACCUGGCUUUCCAGGACUACGGGGCUUGCAUGUCUCUGCUCUCCGUCAGGGUUUUCUUCAAGAAAUGCCCAAGCGUGGUGCAGAACUUUGCUAUCUUCCCUGAGACCAUGACGGGGGCAGAGAGCACCUCUCUGGUGACAGCACGGGGCACCUGCAUCCCCAAUGCUGAGGAGGUGGACGUGCCCAUCAAGCUGUACUGUAACGGGGAUGGGGAGUGGAUGGUACCCAUAGGUCGCUGUACCUGCAAGGCUGGUUAUGAGCCAGAAAACAACGUGGCUUGCAAAGGUAAGUCUGGGGUUGCUUUGCAGGGAGCUCUGUGCUUCUUGAGCUUUUCUAAUCUGUUGUUUAUACCCAAAUUAACUGCUAUGGGUGAUGUCAAUGAUGCAUGGCUCCGGAAAGUCUUGUCACAAAGCAGUUUUAUUUUAGGGGGCUGAGGUGGUGUGCAGGGU